AUGACUGAGCAGCAUGUAGGCUCUCAGGAAGCUCCACGAGCCCUUGUGGCCUCGCCGUGGACACGAUCCCUCAUCUCAGGCGCAAUCGCUGGCCUUACCGUCGAUGUCUCCCUAUAUCCCCUUGACACCAUCAAAACCCGCCUGCAAUCCAACCUGACCACCCAGCAGAAAAAUGCCUCGCUUGCCGCAAGACAUACCCUGCAGGGCACAUUGCGUAGCAUGUACGCUGGCCUGCCCUCUGCCAUGCUCGGAUCUAUGCCUUCAGCCGCCUCCUUUUUCCUGGUCUAUGAUGGGGUCAAGAGAUCGUUGAUCAGUGCAGACACAUCACCACAAAGACAGACAUAUGCACACAUGCUAGCUUCCUCGCUCGGUGAAAUCGCAGCUUGUACCAUCCGAGUUCCUACAGAAGUGGUCAAACAGAGAGCCCAAGCGGGUCUUUUUGGUGGCUCCUCCCUCCUUGCUUUCCAAGACAUACUGGCACUGCGCAAGUCCGAGGGAUUACCCACCAUGAUAAAAGAGCUGUACCGGGGUGGAGCGAUAACCAUCAUGCGCGAGAUCCCAUUCACCAUCAUCCAGUUCAGUCUGUGGGAGUACUCCAAGUCCUCAUACUCGGCCCUCCAACACAGAAACACGGGUCGUCAACAAGGACUCGUGACCGCUACUGAAGGCGCUCUUUUCGGCAGCAUGGCGGGAGCCAUUGCCGCCGGAUUCACCACACCUCUCGAUGUGCUCAAGACUCGGAUCAUGCUGGCAAGAAAGGAGGCAGGCGCCGCAUCUGAGAGGAGCGGACCUUGGAAAGUCCUCCAGCAGACCGUGGCUGCCGAUGGUGUCGCUGGUUUGUAUCGAGGCUUUGUACCGCGCGUCGGCUGGAUCAGCACUGGUGGUGCCAUCUUCCUCGGAACCUACCAAUACGUGUCCAAUUUCCUUGCGGUUGAGCAAUCUUGA